UUCCUUAGGGAGGCGCAGAAGAGCGGAGGGAAGAGGAGUUGCCGGGGUUGGCUAGUGUGGCCUCCAGCUCCCGGCACCCCGCAUUUCUGGCUUGGCUGAGGCCGCCGGGUGUUGACGCCAGGAAAGCAGUGCGCGUUGCGCCGGAGUUGGACUCGGCGCGCGGGAGGCCGGCGUCGGGACAGAGCCGCGACGCCCCGCUCAGAAGAAAUCAAGGCAGCAGCAGUUACAUACCUUCCUUCCACUACCUCAUCAUAACCCUGAGAGUCUGAAUUCACCCCCUGAGUGGUCUGGCUCCAGAGCCCAAUCUCUGAACAGCUCAUACCUUCUGUCUCAGGAGGCUGAUCCUCUGCCAUCUCUGGAACAUUCCUCGAUGCAGUAAGUAAGGCCACCUCUAAAAUAACUCUGUGGGCAAGCCAGAGGUUUAAUAAAUAUGGAAAUUCUACUCUCAGUACUUCACUAUUUAUAGAUCUAGAUUGGAAUUUGCCUUUGACAAACAAGAAAAUGAUGAGUGAUGCAAGUGAUAUGUUGGCUGCAGCAUUGGAACAGAUGGAUGGUAUUAUAGCAGGUUCUAAGGCCCUGGAAUAUUCCAAUGGGAUUUUUGAUUGUCAGUCUCCCACCUCUCCAUUCAUGGGAAACUUGCGAGCUCUACACCUUGUAGAAGACCUGCGUGGAUUAUUAGAUAUGAUGGAAACAGAUGAGAAGGAAGGCUUGAGAUGCCAGAUCCCAGAUUCAACAGCAGAGACACUUAUUGAAUGGCUUCAGAGUCAAAUGACAAAUGGACACCUACCUGGAAAUGGAGAUGUGUAUCAAGAAAGACUGGCCCGCUUAGAAAAUGAUAAAGAGUCCCUCGUUCUUCAGGUAAGUGUGUUAACAGACCAGGUAGAGGCUCAAGGAGAGAAGAUUCGAGAUUUGGAGUUCUGUCUUGAGGAGCACAGAGAGAAGUUGAAUGCCACAGAAGAAAUGCUGCAGCAGGAACUUCUGAGUAGGACAUCCUUAGAAACCCAGAAGUUGGAUCUGAUGGCUGAAAUAUCUAACUUGAAGUUAAAAUUGACAGCUGUAGAGAAAGACAGACUGGAUUAUGAAGAUAGGUUCAGAGACACAGAGGGGCUAAUACAGGAGAUCAAUGAUUUGAGAUUAAAAAUUGGUGAAAUGGACAGUGAUAGACUUCAGUAUGAAAAAAAGCUUAAAUCAACCAAAUCUUUAAUGGCCAAACUUUCUAGCAUGAAAAUCAAGGUGGGUCAGAUGCAGUAUGAAAAGCAGCGGAUGGAACAAAAAUGGGAGUCACUGAAGGAUGAACUGGCAUCUUUAAAAGAACAACUAGAAGAGAAGGAAUCUGAAGUAAAAAAGCUGCAAGAAAAAUUGGUUUGCAAGAUGAAAGGAGAAGGGUUUGAAAUUCUUGAUAAAGAUGAAAAUUUUAAAAAGAAGCUCAAAGAAAAAAAUAUUGAAGUACAAAAAAUGAAAAAGGCUGUGGAAUCUUUGAUGGCAGCAAAUGAAGAAAAGGACCGGAAAAUAGAAGAUCUCCGACAGUGCCUGAACAAGUACAAGAAAAUGCAAGACACGGUGUUACCCACUCAAGGCAAAGACGGUGAAUAUGAAGACCUGCUCAAUUCCAGUUCCAUCUCCACUGUGUUGGAUACACAGAGCUUUAGUGAUCUGGAGAAAAGUUCAUUGACUUCUCCUAUAACAGAGUCUCCCAGCCAUGACCCAUUUGACACAGGUAUUUCAGAAGAGCUCCACACCAGCAUCUUGCAAGUUUCAAUCCCUUCAUUAUUGCCAACAUCCGUAGGCGUGGAAACUGCUGAAAAAUCAAAGUUGCCUCCUAAGCCAGAGACUUCAUUUGAAGAGAAUGAUGGAAAAAUGACCCUUGGUGCUGCUGUUGAAACCCAGCUGGGUGAUAGUGUUUUAACUUCAAGUUGGCAGAAAUCCAACAGCCUGGGCAAUCUGAAGAAAGAGGCAUCAGAAGUGGAUAAAGCUCCAGGAGGAAACAACAUGUUUGGUAGCCUCCCUCCCAAAGCUCCAGGACAUGAAGUCUCUGUGGAUGACAAUGCUUUUGGCACUCGAAAAGUCAGAUCUUCCUUUGGUCGAGGUUUUUUUAAAAUCAAAAGUAACAAGAGGACAGCAAGUGCACCAAACUUGGAUCGUAAACGAAGUGCCAGUGCACCCACCCUAGCUGAAACGGAAAAGGAGACAGCAGAGCACCUGGAUUUAGCUGGCACAUCUUCUCAGCCCAGAGAUUCACAAGGAAACAGUACCUUCCAGAUGUCUCCACUAUCUCCAGAUUCCAAAAAGAAAUCCAGAGGUAUCAUGAGACUCUUUGGAAAACUCAGGAGAAGUCAGUCAACUACGUUCAACCCAGAAGACAUGUCUGAACCUGAAUUCAAAAGAGGAGGGACAAGGGCAACUGCAGGUCCUCGAUUGGGUUGGUCUCGUGAUCUGGGACAGACUAACAGUGAUUUGGAUAUGCCUUUUGCCAAAUGGACCAAGGAGCAAGUUUGUACUUGGCUGGUGGAGCAAGGGUUAGGGUCUUACCUGAAUUCUGGCAAGCACUGGAUUGCAUCUGGCCAAACCCUUUUGCAGGCUUCUCAACAAGAUUUAGAAAAGGAACUUGGAAUCAAGCAUUCACUUCAUCGAAAGAAACUCCAGUUGGCAUUACAAGCCCUAGGAUCUGAAGAAGAAACCAAUCAUGGAAAGCUGGAUUUCAACUGGGUCACGAGAUGGCUGGAUGAUAUUGGUCUUCCCCAGUAUAAGACCCAGUUUGAUGAAGGCCGAGUAGAUGGUCGAAUGUUACAUUAUAUGACUGUUGAUGACUUACUUUCUUUGAAAGUUGUGAGUGUGCUACACCAUCUCAGUAUCAAAAGGGCCAUCCAAGUUCUGAGGAUCAAUAACUUUGAACCAAACUGCCUUCGGAGGCGGCCAUCUGAUGAGAGUAGCAUUACUCCAUCUGAAGUUCAGCAAUGGACCAAUCACCGUGUGAUGGAAUGGCUGCGCUCUGUGGACUUGGCAGAAUAUGCCCCCAAUCUCAGGGGCAGUGGAGUCCAUGGUGGACUCAUGGUGCUAGAGCCUCGUUUUAAUGUAGAAACAAUGGCUCAGUUAUUGAACAUUCCACCAAAUAAGACUUUGUUACGGAGACACUUGGCCACUCAUUUCAACCUUUUGAUUGGUGCUGAGGCCCAACACCAAAAGCGAGAUGCCAUGGAGUUACCAGAUUAUGUACUUUUAACAGCUACUGCCAAAGUGAAGCCAAAGAAACUUACCUUCAGCAAUUUUGGGAAUCUGAGAAAGAAGAAACAGGAGGAUGGGGAAGAAUACAUUUGUCCAAUGGAAUUGGGACAGGCAUCAGGAAGUGCCUCAAAGAAGGGAUUUAAGCCUGCUUUGGACAUGCACCUGUAUGAUGAUGAUUUGGAUCGGUUAGAGCAGAUGGAAGAUUCAGAAGGGACAGUGAGACAAAUAGGUGCAUUUUCAGAAGGUAUCAACAAUCUCACACACAUGUUAAAAGAAGAUGAUAUGUUUAAAGAUUUUGCUGCCCGUUCCCCCAGUGCCAGCAUUACAGAUGAAGACUCAAACGUUUAACUGUAGAACCUGGAUAAACCCUUGGAACCCUCAGUCUUCUUUCCACUUUAUUUUUCAAAUACAGUGUAUACAGCAAGCAAGGGAUUGUAUAUUGUUUAUCAUUCUACUUUCUGUUCCUACAGAAGCAAGAUGGAAAUCGUGAAAUGUUCCUAUUUAGAAGUUGCCACAAAAAAAUGAGACACUGGUAAAAAAAAAAAAAGUAUAAAUUGUUUUUCCUCUAUUUAAUGUAUAAAUCUGUGAUAUAUUUUAUUUAAAGUGUUGCAUUUAAAAUGAGUAUUUUGCCACAGUGUUUCCAUCCACAUCUCCAGAUGGAGGGUUUGGAAAUGACUUUGUCACAUCUGCUUUCAGUGUUGCCAUUUACACAGGACAGUCUGUGCUUUCUAAACCAGUAUGUGGGAUUUUGUUACACAUUCAUUGUGCCCACUGAAUGCCAGUCACACUUCCACUUGCCUCUCAUUUCAUAUAUUUUUCUAAAAAUAUAUAUAUAUUUACACACAGAAACAGUACAUAGAAAACAAAAGUUUUGAGACAUAAGGAAGAUGAUAAAAAAGUCACAUCAAAAACAAAGUCCUCCAGCUACUUCUAAAUUUCCGUACACCAGCAAGUUCCUAAAGAAACUAAAACAUUUAUUUCUCCACAGCUGAAUUUUACGCAUUGAUCACUGAAAUUAAGCUAAUAUGCAUGAAAUAUGCCCUCUUUGAUCACACCACAAAAUUCUUGAACAGUUUAAAUAUUUCAGUCUUAACUUUGGAUCCAUUGACAUUAAUAGCAAGAAUUUGAGGGCCUUGAAUACACUGUUAACUUGAAUUCAUUCAUAAAUAUUCAUAAACCCAAAAUUUUAUUUAAAAAAAGUUCUAAAGAACUAAAAAGAAAACAAAAACCUUUACAGUAUUAAACUUCUUAUUUUUCUUUUUGCCAAAUACAUCAUUACAUCAUAAUACUAACAGUCUACUUAAACCUGCUUACAAUACAUUUCUCAGGUUGUCAAUGGGACAGGCCUCAAAAUUUUGAGGCUUCAAAAUUAAUUUUAUAAUGGCUAUUUUUUUAGAUAAAAUGUUACAAACACCAAAAUACUCUGUUUAAAAAAAGAACACAGAAAACUGAAGCAAAAACUGUUUCUGUGUUUGUCUUAUUGUUGUUCAUUUAGGAAAAGUCUGCUUUUCAUUCUCUGCUACAGAAUUGCUCAUGAUGGCCAAUGGUGUAGAGUUGGUGUUCACAAAUUGGAGCAGAGAUGGGUGGUUCCGUUUGUGCCAGAGGACUUGAUUAUAAACUGUAUUUGUGUUAUCAGUGAUAGUUUUCAUUAUCAGCAAGUUAUCAAGCUACUCAUCAAGAAACUUGUAACACUCAAUUAUUAUAUAUUCAUCACUAAAAUGAUUUGAUGCUAGCAAUGGUUUCUUUGAAUUCUGUCAUUCAUUAUUUGGUAAUUGUAUUAGACUUGGCUUAUAUUUGGGUUUUAUUUUUAAUAUGAAUUUAUGUCACCAUAAAUAUGAAAAACCCAUAUUUGUUAUUAGAACCUGGUUCAAAAUACCAUAAGACUGUUACAGAUACCAAAUAUUCUUCAUUCAGGACAAUAUAACAUAACUGAUGAUAGGUGAUACGGUUAACAGAUAGUUUGAUGGUAUAUUUUAUUUACAAAAUAUAUGCUGCUGAUAAUGCCAUCUGAGCAGAAAUAAAGUUAAUUGAUAAUUGA